CAAGCAAACACAGGGCUGCUCAUUUCCUGGCUCAAUUUACGCAGAGCGGAGGGAGUAGGGGCCCCGUCUCAAGGGGCCCAUCUCUGAUUCGUGUAGGAGACGUUUGGCUGGAAAUCUAAGCAUACUCUUGUACAACUAGACACAGAGUUAAAAAUGUCCUGGACGUAUGCAACCCUCCUGGUUCUCCUUGCAGUGCUGAUUGCACUGAACUUGUCUGAAGAGGCUGAAUCUGCAGCUGUGGCCAGCAACACAGCCAAUGCAAAAAGUCCAGCAGGUCCGCUGAGGAGGAUCUUCAUGAAAGAGGCCGAUGCCUCCAACUUCUUCAGGAAACGCAGCAGACGGGCUGUAAAAUCCCAGGAUGAGAUCAACGCGGAGCAGAGGCAAGUUUUGGCCGCAGACGAGCGAAAGAGGGAGUUUCAUGAGGAGAAGAGGAAUGAGUUUGAGAGCUACGCUGAGGAGGACCAUGAUGAGCAAAAUGAGAGGACCAGAGAGAGCACCGAGCAGUGGAGGGAGUUCCACUACGAUGGGAUGAAUCCUCCCCACGAGUACAAUCGUCACACCGCCUGAGACCCAUGCAGGGGGGCUGAAUGACUAUGACAGCUGCCAAACAUUGAGGAAUAAACUGUAUUAAUACAGGUACAUCUCAAAAAAUAAGAAUAUCUUGAAAAAGUUCAAUAUUUUACUUUGUCAAAUUUCAGAACAUUUUAGAAAGUAAAACUCAUGUAUUAUAUAGAUUCAUUACGCAAGGUGAA